ACUAACUGCUAGUUUAGGUGUUGUCAUUUUCUUUAGUCUGUGGCCCAACAGGUAAAUUAGGUCUCCAACCUAAAUUGUAUGUACGGGAUGCAGGAAUUUUCUACCCUUUUGUUAUUGGAAACAAACCCAAUUGUGAUUGGGUCUGACGUCAUAGGCCUACUCAGAAUUUAUUUCAACUGUAAAACAACAAGCUGUUAGUCAAAGGGUUUUGAGCACAUCUAAGAGAAAUGAAGAAAGCAGUUAGGAAGAGUAAAAAGAUGUCUCAAGAUAUUUUCCACACUGCUCGGUGCUGUCCAGAGAUUGAGAACUCACAUCUCCUGUAUGUGCCUGAGAAGCCUCGUGGGGUGGCAUUACCCAAUGUCAGGACUGAGGAUGACAGGGUGAAGGAAAUACCUAAAUUGGAGAUAAGAGAAAUAAGGGAGGAAAGAGUCAGGGAGAGAAAUUACAGAAGAAAGCUGAAAGAGGACAAGUUGGGUUUGAUUGAGAAGAAUAAAAAUAGGACUUCUAAGUUGGUAGACCAACUUGAAAGUCUAAAGGAGACAAACCAAGCAGUGAUUAACCGUCUAAGGGAAGAUGUGAAUUACCUUAAACCUAGUUUAAAGGAGGCUCAGCAAGACAAAGAUGUGCUCUUACAGAAUGUGGCCCAACUUCAAUGUUUAGAACAGACAAACCAAGCAGAGAUUAACCGUCUGAGAGAAGAAAUCAGUGACCUCAAACCACGUUUAAAGGAGGCUCAGCAAGACAAAAAUGUGCUUUUACAGAAGGUUGCCAAACUUGAAUGUCUAGAGGAGACAAACCAAGCAGCGAUCAACCGUCUGACGGAAACCGUGACUAUCUUUGAGUCUUGUGCAUCCCAACCUGAAUGUCUAGAGGAGACAAACCAAGCAGAGAAUAAUUGUCUGAGGGAAGAUGUGAAUGACCUUAAAUAUAGUUUAAAGGAGGCUCAGCAAGAAAAAUAUGUGCUCUUACAGAAGGUGGCACAACUUGAAUGUCUAGAGGAGACAAACCAAGCAGUGAUUAACCAUUUGAAAGAAGAAGUGAACUACCUUAAGCCUCGUUUAAAGGAGGCUCAACAAGAAAAAGAUGUGCUUUUACAGAAGGUUGCCCAAUUUGAAGGUCAAGAGGAGACAAACCAAACAGCGAUCAACCAUCUGACGGAAACCGUGACUAUCUUUGAGUCUUGUGCAUUCCAACCGGAAUGUCUAGAGGAGACAAACCAAGCAGAGAUUAACCGUCUGAGAGAAGAAAUCAAUGACCUCAAGCCGCGUUUAAAGGAGGCUCAGCAAGACAAAAAUGUGCUUUUACAGAAGGUUGCCCAACUUGAAUGUCUAGAGGAGAUAAACCAAGCAGCGAUUAACCGUCUGAGAGAUGGAGUGAAUGACCUUAACCCUCGUUUAAAGGAGGCUCAGCAAGAAAAAGAUGUGCUCUUACAGAGGGUUGCUCAACUUGAGUGUCUGAAGGAAACAAACCGAGCAGAGAUUAACCAUCUGAGAGAUGGAGUGAAUGACCUUAACCCUCGUUUAAAGGAGGCUCAGCAAGAAAAAGAUGUGCUCUUACAGAGGGUUGCUCAACUUGAAUGUCUAGAGGAAAAAAAUCAAGCAGAGAUUAAGCGUUUGACAGAAACAGUAAAUAUCUUAGAGCCUUGUGCGGUCCAAUUUGAAUGUCUCGAAGAGACAAACCAAACAGCGAUCAACCGUCUGACAGAAACCGUGACUAUCUUUGAGCCUUGUGCGGCCCAACCUGAAUGUCAAGAGGAGACAAACCAAGCAGAGAUUAACCGUCUGAGAGAAGAAAUCAAUGACCUCAAGCCGCGUUUAAAGGAGGCUCAGCAAGACAAAAAUGUGCUUUUACAGAAGGUUGCCCAACUUGAAUGUCUAGAGGAGAUAAACCAAGCAGCGAUUAACCGUCUAAAAGAAGGACUGAAUGACCUUAACCCUCGUUUAAAGGAGGCUCAGCAAGAAAAAGAUGUGCUCUUACAGAGGGUUGCUCAACUUGAAUGUCUAGAGGAAAAAAAUCAAGCAGAGAUUAAGCGUUUGACGGAAACAGUAAAUAUCUUAGAGCCUUGUGCGGUCCAAUUUGAAUGUCUCGAGGAGACAAACCAAGCAGAGAUUAACCGUCUGAUGGAAGAGCUGAAUGAACUUAAGCCUUGUUUAAAGGAAGCUCAGCAAGAAAAAGAUGUGCUCUUUCGGAAAGUGGCCCAACUUGAAUGUCUAGAGGAGACAAACCAAGCAGAGAUUAACAGUCUGAGGGAAGAAGUGAAUGACCUUAGGCCGCAUUUAAAGGAGGCUCAGCAAGACAAAGAUGUGCUCUUACAGAAGGUUGCCAAACUUGAAUGUCUAGAGGAGACAAACCAAGCAGCGAUUAAUCAACUGACAGAAACCGUGACUAUCUUUGAGUCUUGUGCGGCCCAACCUGAAUGUCUAGAGGAGACAAACCAAGCAGAGAAUAACUGUCUGAGGGAAGAUGUGAAUGACCUUAAACCUAGUUUAAAGGAGGCUCAGCAAGACAAAGAUGUGCUCUUACAGAAGGUUGCCCAACUUGAAUGUCUAGAGGAGACAAACCAAGCAGAGAUUAACCGUCUGAGAGAAGAAAUCAAUGACCUCAAGCCGCGUUUAAAGGAGGCUCAGCAAGACAAAAAUGUGCUUUUACAGAAGGUUGCCCAAUUUGAAUGUCUAGAGGAGAUAAACCAAGCAGCGAUUAACCGUCUAAGAGAAGGAGUGAAUGACCUUAACCCUCGUUUAAAGGAGGCUCAGCAAGAAAAAGAUGUGCUCUUACAGAGGGUUGCUCAACUUGAAUGUCUAGAGGAAACAAAUCAAGCAGAGAUUAACCGUCUGAGAGAUGGAGUGAAUGACCUUAACCCUCGUUUAAAGGAGGCUCAGCAAGAAAAAGAUGUGCUCUUACAGAGGGUUGCUCAACUUGAAUGUCUAGAGGAAACAAAUCAAGCAGAGAUUAACCGUCUGAGAGAUGGAGUGAAUGACCUUAACCCUCGUUUAAAGGAGGCUCAGCAAGAAAAAGAUGUGCUCUUACAGAGGGUUGCUCAACUUGAAUGUCUAGAGGAAACAAAUCAAGCAGAGAUUAACCGUCUGACGGAAACAGUAAAUAUCUUAGAGCCUUGUGCGGUCCAAUUUGAAUGUCUCGAGGAGACACACCAAGCUGAGAUUAACCGUCUGAUGGAAGAGCUGAAUGAACUUAAGCCUCGUUUGAAGGAAGCUCAGCAAGAAAAAGAUGUGCUCUUUCGGAAAGUGGCCCAACUUGAAUGUCUAGAGGAGACAAAUCAAGCAGAGAUUAACAGUCUGAGGGAAGAAGUGAAUGACCUUAGGCCGCGUUUAAAGGAGGCUCAGCAAGACAAAGAUGUGCUCUUACAGAAGGUUGCCAAACCUGAAUGUCUAGAGGAGACAAACCAAGCAGAGAAUAAUUGUCUGAGGGAAGAUGUGAAUGACCUAAAACCUAGUUUAAAGGAGGCUCAGCAAGACAAAGAUGUGCUCUUACAGAAGGUUGCCCAACUUGAAUGUCUAGAGGAGACAAACCAAGCAGAGAUUAACCAUUUGAAAGAAAAAGUGAACUACCUUAAGCCUCGUUUAAAGGAGGCUCAACAAGAAAAAGAUGUGCUUUUACAGAAGGUUGCCCAAUUUGAAGGUCUAGAGGAGACAAACCAAACAGCAAAUAACUGUCUGAGGGAAGAUGUGAAUGACCUUAAAUCUAGUUUAAAGGAGGCUCAGCAAGACAAAGAUGUGCUCUUACAGAAUGUGGCCCAACUUGAAUAUUUAGAACAGACAAACCAAGCAGAGAUUAACCGUCUAAGAGAAGAAAUCAAUGACCUCAAGCCGCGUUUAAAUGAGGCUCAGCAAGACAAAAAUGUGCUUUCACAGAAGGUUGCCCAACUUGAAUGUCUAGAGGAGACAAACCAAGCAGCGAUUAACCGUCUUAGAGAUGGAGUGAAUGACCUUAACCCGCGUUUAAAGGAGGCUCAGCAAGAAAAAGAUGUGCUCUUACAGAGGGUUGCUCAACUUGAAUGUCUAGAGGAAACAAAUCAAGCAGAGAUUAACCGUCUGAGAGAUGGAGUGAAUGACCUUAACCCACGUUUAAAGGAGGCUCAGCAAGAAAAAGAUGUGCUCUUACAGAGGGUUGCUCAACUUGAAUGUCUAGAGGAAACAAAUCAAGCAGAGAUUAACCGUCUGAGAGAUGGAGUGAAUGACCUUAACCCUCGUUUAAAGGAGGCUCAGCAAGAAAAAGAUGUGCUCUUACAGAGGGUUGCUCAACUUGAAUGUCUAGAGGAAAAAAAUCAAGCAGAGAUUAACCGUUUGAAGGAAACAGUAAAUAUCUUAGAGCCUUGUGCGGUCCAAUUUGAAUGUCUUGAGGAGACAAACCAAGCAGAGAUUAACCGUCUGAUGGAAGAGCUGAAUGAACUUAAGCCUCGUUUGAAGGAAGCUCAGCAAGAAAAAGAUGUGCUCUUUCGGAAAGUGGCCCAACUUGAAUGUCUAGAGGAGACAAACCAAGCAGAGAUUAACAGUCUGAGGGAAGAAGUGAAUUACUUCGAGCCUUGUGCGGCUCAACUUGAAUGCCUAAAGAAGAAGGCUCAGCAAGACAAAGAUGAGUUUAUACAGAAGGUGGCCCAACUUGAACACAAUGAUAAGAUACUGCAGACAAAGAUCAUAAACCUAUUGGCAACAGUGCAGGAUCAUGAGGAAAGAGAGAACUCUCUCAACAAGCAGAAUAAGAUCAUUAGUGAUGAACUGGCCAGGCUUGAAUCUCACACAGACAAAAUGCAGGCAGAGGACAGUCAUUUGUGGGCAGAAGUUCACGAUCUGCAGGAAAAAGAGAAACUCCUAACUGAGAAGAACCAGAGCCUGAGUGCUGAGGUGGCUCUCCAUGAAUCUCUGAAAGAGAAACAUCAAGUAAAGAUUGAACAUCUGUCUGAAGAAGUGCAUGAUCUUCGACGUCAAAUAAAAGAAGCUCAGAAAGUCCACGGAGAUAAAGAUGAGGAAAUUAGCCUACAGACGCUGACUACUGAUCAAUAUCUGACAGAGAUAAACAAAUUGAGGCUAGCACUGCAUGGUUCUCAGGUAAACGAAGUCUUUCUGAAGGAGCAGAAUGAGAGCGUCACCAAGAAAUUGGCUCCACUUGAGUCCCUGACAGUGAAACAAAACGAGAACAUUGAAAACCUGAAGAAAGAUGUGCAAGAUCUUCAGUACCAAGUAAUGGAUGCUGAGCAAAGCAUCUGGAUUAAGAAUGAGAUAAUAACUAAGCAAUCCCACAAAAUUGCUUAUAAGAAUGAAGAUUUAGAGGAGCUUAACAACCUAAUAAGCAAUUUAAAACAAACAAUCUCUGAUCUUAAAGAGCAGCUAGAGACAAGGCAGGAGGUAGAGAUACUAGCUGGCGUUGAGAAUUUCCGAGAGGAACAUAGCAUUGUAGCUAAAAAUAAAGACUCACCUGAUGAGCAAAACGAUGAGAUCCUCCUUGAGACUACACCUGAGGAACAGAGCGGUGAGAUCCUCCUUGAGACUACACCUGAGGAACAGAGCGAUGGGAUCCUCCUCGAGACUCCACCUGAGGAACAGAGUGCUGAGAUCCUCCUUGAGACUACACCUGAGGAACAGAGCGCUGAGAUCCUCCUCGAGACUACACCUGAGGAACAGAGCGAUGAGAUCCUCCUUGAGACUACAUCCAAGGAACAGAGCGCUGAGAUCCUCCUUGAGACUACACCUGAGGAACAGAGCGAUGAGAUCCUCCUUGAGACUACAUCCAAGGAACAGAGCGCUGAGAUCCUCCUUGAGACUACACCUGAGGAACAGAGCGAUGAGAUCCUUCUUGAGACUACAUCCAAGGAACAGAGCGCUGAGAUUCUCCUCGAGACUACACCUGAGGAACAGAGUGCUGAGAUCCCCCUCGAGACUACACCUGAGGAACAGAGCGCUGAGAUCCCCCUCGUGACUACACCUGAGGAACAGAGCGCUGAGAUCCUCCUCAAGACUACACCUGAGGAACAGAACGCUGAGAUCCUCCUUGAGACUACACCUGAGGAACAGAGCGAUGAGAUCCUCCUCGAGACUACACCUGAGGAACAGAGCGCUGAGAUCCUCCUUGAGACUACACCUGAGGAACAGAGCGAUGAGAUCCUCCUCGAGACUACACCUGAGGAACAGAGCGAUGAGAUCCUCCUUGAGACUACACCUGAGGAACAGAGCGAUGAGAUCCUCCUUGUGACUACACCUGAGGAACCGAGCGAUGAGAUCCUCCUCGUGACUACACCUGAGGAACAGAGCGCUGAGAUCUUCCUUGAGAGCUGGUGGCGUCACUGUGCUAAAGGUACACUGAAAGCGUGUUGGCAUGUUGGCUUAAUCACUGCCGUUAUGGUUAUUACCAUGGGUAUCCUGACAACCACAGGGAAUGCCAACUGCAAUACAGACUGUGACAGCGACCCGUGGGACUGUGCCUACACUCUGCUACAGCCGACCUGCAACGGCCAUCCCAGGGUGCCUCAUCCCUUCUGAGUUUGCACG